CCUCUGACGUCAGGUAAACAAUAAAACGAGCCUACCAUCCAGGGCAAAGAGCUACAGAUCAAAAUGACAGCAAUAUUUCAUAUUUUUGAACUGUUUGACAUUAAGGGUUUUCUGCUUUUUGUCUCCAUUUUCCUACUGGUGUUUGAUUACAUCAAAACCAAACGACCUAAGAAUUUUCCUCCAGGACCGUGGUCAUUGCCCUUUAUUGGAGACUUGCAUCACAUCGACUUCAAGAAAUUCCACCUGCAGUGUGCCACGUUUGCUGAAAAAUAUGGCCCUAUUUUCAGUAUUCGUUUUUUUGGACCAAGGAUUGUUGUUCUCAAUGGACAGAAGCUAGUGAGAGAAGCAUUGGUACACCAAGGAGAAAACUUUGUUGAUCGGCCAUCCUUACCAAUAUUUGCUGAUGUUUUGGGUGACAAAGGGGUGGUUGUGUCCAACGGAUAUGCUUGGAAACAGCAGAGAAGGUUUGCUCUUCACACCCUGAGAAACUUUGGGUUAGGAAAGAGAAGUCUUGAACCCUCCAUUCUUCAAGAAUGUAGAUAUCUAAAUGAAGCGUUUGUUGAUGAGCACGGUAAAUCCUUUGACCCACAAUGGCUCAUUAACAAUGCUGUGUCUAACAUCAUUUGUGUGCUGGUGUUCGGGGACCGUUUUGAGUACUCCAACAGUGAAUUCCAGUCUCUCCUGAAGAACAUCAAUGAGGUUGUCUUCCUGGAGGGAGGUGUUUGGGCUCAGUUGUACAACAUGUUCCCAUGGCUACUGCGCAGAGUGCCUGGCCCACAUAGGAAAAUAUUUUCUCUUUGGGAUGAAGUGAUUUCCUUUGUAAGGAAAAGAAUUGAGGACCACCGAGCAAACUAUGAUCCCUCAAACCAUAGGGACUACAUUGAUUGUUUCCUUGGAGAAAUGGAAAAGUGGAAUGAUGAUGAAGCAGCAGGCUUUAAUUUGGACAACUUGUGCUUCUGCACUAUGGACCUGUUUGUAGCAGGCACUGAGACCACAUCUACUACUUUGUACUGGGGGCUCCUGUACAUGAUCAAAUAUCCUGAGAUACAGCGAAAAGUGCAAGAGGAGAUCGACCACGUGGUUGGACCCUCUCGUCAGCCUUCCACGGCUGACAGGGAGAGCAUGCCUUAUACUGAUGCUGUGAUCCACGAGACCCAGAGAUUUGGAAACAUCUUGCCUUUAAACGUGGGCAGAUCUGCUACCAAAGACACCCAAGUUGGCGACUACAUCAUUCCCAAGGGCACAAUGGUUACAGGCAAUCUGACUUCUGUUCUGUUUGAUGAGACUGAAUGGGAGACUCCUCACACCUUCAACCCAGAACACUUCCUGGAUACAGAGGGGAAGUUCAGGAGGAGGGAGGCCUUCUUGCCUUUCUCUAUGGGGAAGAGAGUGUGCCUGGGAGAGCAGCUGGCCAAAAUGGAGCUGUUCCUGUUCUUCACCUCGAUGCUCCAACGGUUCUCCUUCUCAGCACCAGAGGGAGUAGAACCCAGUCUGGAGUUUCGGCUCGGAGCCACUCACAGUCCUCAGCCCUAUCGACUCUGUGCUGUUCCUCGGCCUGCAAUUUUGUUCAGUUUUUCGCCGUUUGACGGGACGCUCUCUUACGAGCUGGAGGACCGAGGGCUGAGGGCUGAGGAGAGACGGUUGAGAGGAGAGCUAAUAGGCAGCCAGCCGUACCCCACAUCCAGGAAGGUCAACAACACAGACCUUCGGGUUAGAAAAAUGACAGUAAUAUUUCAUAUUCUUGAACUGUUUGACAUCAAGAGCUUUUUGCUUUUUCUCUUCAUUUUCCUAUUGGUGUUUGACUACAUCAAGACCAAACGACCUAAGAAUUUUCCUCCAGGACCGUGGUCAUUGCCUUUUAUUGGAGACAUGCAUCACAUUGACCACAAGAAAUUCCACCUACAGUGCGCCACAUUUGCUGAAAAGUAUGGCCCUAUUUUCAGUCUUCGAAUUAUUGGACCAAGGAUUGUUAUUUUCAAUGGACAGAAGCUACUAAGAGAAGCAUAUGUCCACCAAGGAGAGAAUUUCGUUGAUCGGCCAUCCCUACCUAUAUUUGCUGAUGUUGUGGGAGACAAAGGCGUGAUUAUGUCUAACGGAUAUGCUUGGAAACAGCAGAGAAGGUUUGCUCUUCACACCCUGAGAAACUUUGGAUUAGGAAAGAGAAGUCUUGAACCCUCCAUUCUUCAAGAAUGUCGAUAUCUAAAUGAAGCGUUUGUUGAUGAGCAAGGUAAAUCCUUUGACCCACAAUGGCUCAUUAACAAUGCUGUGUCUAACAUCAUUUGUGUGCUGGUGUUCGGGGACCGUUUUGAGUACUCCAACAGUGAAUUCCAGUCUCUCCUGAAGAACAUCAACGAGAUUUUCUUUCUAGAGGGAGGAGUUUGGGCUCAGUUGUACAACAUGUUCCCAUGGCUACUGCGCAGAGUGCCUGGCCCACAUAGGAAAAUAUUUUCUCUUUGGGAUGAAGUGAUUUCCUUUGUACGGAAAAGAAUUGAGGACCACCGAGCCAACUAUGAUCCCUCAAACCAUAGGGACUACAUUGAUUGUUUCCUUGGAGAAAUGGAAAAGUGGAAUGAUGAUGAAGCAGCAGGCUUUAAUUUGGACAACUUGUGCUUCUGCACUAUGGACCUGUUUGUAGCAGGCACUGAGACCACAUCUACUACUUUGUACUGGGGGCUCCUGUACAUGAUCAAAUAUCCUGAGAUACAGCGCAAAGUGCAAGAGGAGAUCGACCACGUGGUUGGACCCUCUCGUCAGCCUUCCACGGCUGACAGGGAGAGCAUGCCUUAUACUGAUGCUGUGAUCCACGAGACCCAGAGAUUUGGAAACAUCUUGCCUUUAAACGUGGGCAGAUCUGCUACCAAAGACACCCAAGUUGGCGACUACAUCAUUCCCAAGGGCACAAUGGUUACAGGCAAUCUGACUUCUGUUCUAUUUGAUGAGACUGAAUGGGGGACUCCUCACACCUUCAACCCAGAACACUUCCUGGACACAGAGGGGAAGUUCAGGAGGAGGGAGGCCUUCUUGCCUUUCUCUAUGGGGAAGAGAGUGUGCCUGGGAGAGCAGCUGGCCAAAAUGGAGCUGUUCCUGUUCUUCACCUCGCUGCUCCAACGGUUCUCCUUCUCAGCACCAGAGGGAGUAGAACCCAGUCUGGAGUUUCGGCUCGGAGCCACUCACAGUCCCCAGCCCUAUCGACUCUGUGCUGUUCCUCGCUGAGAUGAUCCGCUAAAAAUGCUGUGCUCCUUAAAUCUGACCUGCAUGGUUAUGACUCCAGAGAUUGUAAUUUAUUAUACAUGCUAUUGAUACUUCAGUAAUGCAAUAAUCAACUAAUCAAGUCCAUUUUAAACUCUCUAAACUCUAAACUCAUUUUAAAAAGUGAAAUAUGAAAUGUGGAUCCACAAAACAAUUAGUUUUUCCAUGAUUACUAUUAUUAAGAUAAGGCUUUUGCCACAUGUAUUCCAUUUAGACAAUGCACAUAACUCUAAAGUAGGGUUCAGACCAAAGAUUCCCGACGAGGCGAGAUGAGACGCGACGUUCUAAAACCUUGCGACUGGGACUCAACGUGUUUACGUAAUGCUCUGCGACGGUUUGCAACUACGUGCAACUUCUAGUUCACACCGCUGCAACUCAGUCUCGUCGCGUCGGGAAUCUUUGGUGUGAAUUGGGCUUAAUGGCUAUUUCAACAGUUACUAUUUGAGUGCCCAGAUCAUGCCACUGAUGCCAGUUAAUCACUGUAUGCAAUAACUUUGUUCAUUUUUGCACUUCUUGCACUCCCUACCUGCCUUCCCUCCCCUGUGUGUGUGUGUGUGUGUGUGUGUGUGUGCGUGUGUGUGUGUGUGUGUGUGUGUGUGUGUGUGUGUGUGUGUGUGUGUGUGUGUGCGUGUGUGUGUGUGUGUGUGUGUGUGUGUGUCUGUGUGUAUCUGUGUGUGUGUGUGUGUAGGUUUUCUCAUCACACUAUUUUCUCUAGUCAUAAAUCAAGAUUUGUCAUAGAUUUGAUUAAAUUGACACUGCCAUGGUUAGUUCUGGGUCUUUUGGUUGUGGAGGAGAAAAGAAAAGAGUAGAAACUGUUAUCAGAUCCCGGCACCCAGAGGCAAAACACCACCAGGAUUAAAAGGAAUAAAGGA